CAUGUUUGCGCAUGCGCGCUGACCUAGCCGGCACGGUGCUUUUACUCUGCUCUGUCGGAGAAAUUCGUCGUCGAAAAAAAUCGUUUUAAACCAUUAUUUUUUGUCAAUAUGAGUUUCUAACCUAAGGGUCUCAAUACUACGAUGCCUGGAGUAGAUUCGAACACAGCUUCUGAUGUGUCAUUGGCCCACCCUCACCUGACACCAGAGGAUGAAGCUCACUACGCGAAAUUGUUCGGGCAGUUGGACGUGAAUAAGGAUGGGCGCAUUGAUGUUGAGGAUUUGCAGGAAGGCCUGGAAAGAUUAGGAGUGCAUACUGUUCCUGGUCACGCUCAGAAAUUUAUGUCAAAGAGUGACCGGAACAAAGAUGGGCAUUUGGACUUUGCCGAGUUUGUGCAGUAUGUCACAGAGCACGAAAAACAACUCAAACUGGUAUUCAAGCAUAUUGACCAUAAUCAGGACGGCCAUCUAGAUGUGCAUGAGAUCUUGGAAUCGUUGAGAAAACUCGGAGUAUCUGUGAGUGAAGAAGAGGCAGAUCGACUCAUGAAGAGAUUAAAAGGUUGUAAAGGGUGUGAAGUGCCAACACAUUUGGAAGACGAUGUGGAAUGUGUAUGCUAUAUGGAUAAGGAUGGUUCCCUCAAAGUAGACUGGAAUGAAUGGAGGAAUUAUCUUUUGUUACAUCCAAGCGCAGACCUCAAGGAUAUCUACACAUACUGGAAACAUGCAACAUUUAUAGAUAUCGGCGAGACCCUUUCAGUACCAGAUGAAUUCACUGAAGAUGAGAGGCAGACAGGUAGAUGGUGGCGUAUUCUCCUUGCUGGGGGUGCAGCAGGCGCUGUCUCAAGAACCGUCACUGCACCGUUGGACAGGCUUAAAGUCAUCUUCCAGGUGAUUGGAUCCAAGAAGCAGAAUCUUAGCAUCAUCUCUGGCUUCCAACACAUGUAUCGAGAGGGUGGCUUAAUGUCCAUGUGGAGAGGCAAUGGUAUCAACGUAGUCAAGAUUGCACCAGAAACAGCCCUGAAAUUCGUCGCUUACGAGCAUUUGAAGAAGUUAAUAAAGAGUGAGGGUCGAGAGUUGCGGAUACACCAUCGAUUCAUGGCCGGAUCGUUGGCUGGUGUCUUCUCACAGACUAUGAUCUAUCCCAUGGAGGUACUGAAGACGAGGUUAGCCAUCAGGAAGACUGGCCAGUACAAAGGCAUCUUAGACUGUGCAGUCAAGGUGUACAAGAACGAAGGACUGAGGUGCUUCUACAAGGGCUACAUACCAAACGUGCUUGGUAUCAUCCCAUAUGCCGGCAUUGACCUUGCAGUCUAUGAGACUGUGAAAAAUCGCUGGUUGAAGAACCACCGGGAGUCUUCUGCACCUCCUACUCUGGUGUUGCUGGCCUGCGGUACAUUCUCAAGUACAUGCGGUCAGAUAGCCAGCUAUCCCUUAGCGCUGGUCAGGACAAGACUUCAAGCGCAGUUGACCAGAGACAAUUCCAUGGUGAGCUUGUUCCGUGACAUUUACAGACAGGAAGGAGUUCGUGGUUUAUAUCGAGGCAUUGCACCCAAUUUCAUGAAGGUAGCUCCUGCAGUGAGUAUCGGCUAUGUGGUGUACGAGAACGUGCGGCAGAUAUUAGGGGUGAACAUGUAGGACACUGCACAGGCUGCAGCGUACUCAUAUGUCACAGAAGUCAGUUGCAAACCACUGCUACGGUACAAACAUACAGGGUGAGUCAAAAAAAAGUGACAGAAUUUGAAAACAUGUGGCUCACUCCAUUUCAUAAAGAUAACAUAGGGUAAUUGACUAAAAACUUGCAUUAUUCUUGAUAGCAUGGAUCAAUUUAGGUAAUCCCUCUUUUCUUCAGAUGAGUGGAAGAACAUGCCCUUUUGAGACAUACUUCAUUGGUGUAUCAAAUUUGAUGAUAAGAAACAAUUCAUUAAAGCUACAGUCCAUCAUAUGCAGCUAUCCAUAAAGUAACUCACGUAAUUAUUGUUGAAAAACAUACUUGGUUGAAAGAUAGUAAGGGAACUAAACUCCCUGUUAAAUUUAUGGCAUGCUGUCAUUUUGAAGAAAUAAAUGAAAGAAGGCCUUUUCAAGAAUGUGUCUUAAGACAAAAGCACGCACAAGGGUUGACACAAUGCACACAUGGCACGGUUGCUAUAAUUUCGUCGGUUCAGUGCGCGACAUCGCGUAGCAACAAUCGGCUCAGUGAGAACGCUGAAAUCAGGCCCAAUUCAAAACAUGAUUCAACAUCUUGUUGAGAACUGUUGUUGCUUCAAAUGAACAAAAUGCACAAAUUACAAAUGAUGGACUGUACCUUUAAUCCAGGUCACUUUCUUUUUGACUCGCCUUGUAUAAACAUGAUUCCACCAGUCCUUUGUUGAACCAAGUUACGAUAAUCACCAUCUAUUUCAGCUUUGAUCUGCAGGGCAGUUAAUCACCAUAUAAAUUGCAGGUACAUGUACAUGACUUGGCCAGCUUGUACCUAAUGCUGGAUUGGGGGCACAGCUGGUUUUUGGAUCAUAGUACUGAAACAAUUUUUUUUUUUUAAAUGUACAAUUCACAUAACUGAAAUACAUGCGAAUAUCAUUUCAAUAAAAGUAAGUUUCCUUUGUAGAUACGUUACUUGGCAAUAUUAGGUUCUUGGUGUACAUUGAAAAAGAUCUAUACAAAAAAGCAAUCAACCAGUUGUCGUCUUUCCAUAAACUUGGCAGUCAUACAAUUUGGUUUUGCAUUGAUUAAAACGGUUGAAGUUUUCUCAGCUUUUUAAUGGA